AUGCAAGGCCGUUAUAUUGAGCAUCAAGCUCUGAAGGCCUUUGGCGGCCGGGAACGUAUCAGCAUGGUAACAUCUCUAAGACUUAAAUCGCCCUUUAUUCGCGAUGAGACAAUUAUCAGACCUCUGUUGCCUACAACUCCCAAGAGUACUCUUUACUAUCAGUAUGCGGAGUAUCGGCUGGAGAACUUGGAGGAGCGAGUGCGUCAUCAGUUGAAGGUGAUGCGGCAGCAUAAGAAGGCAAAUCGUGACUUUGACGUUGCGUCAACACGCAAGUUUUUGUUAGGAGAGAGGGAGUUCAUUGAUGCUAUGUUAGAGGAACUGGAAGAUCCUCCAGCAGAGUGUACGUCCUCCAAAGUCACCAUUCAAUCCUCCGUGCCCCUAUAG